GACUUGACCGGUGGACGCGAACGCGGCCGUUUUUCGGCCAACGUAUUUCUCUCACCUUAGCCUUCGUCAGUCUUACUUCAACCGUGUCUUAGUGUGGUGUUAAUUUAGCAAUGGCUAAAGACGUGUUUGUUCUCGUGUGUGUUGCACUUUGUUUACAGCUUGCGUUAUGUCAGUUUGGAUUUUUCCCUCAACGCGAUGAUCGUCGCUUCAAUGUAUUCGGAGCUGUUCAGAAGAUUCUAGAAAACCCGCGGAGAACGCUACAAGCUGUCCUCAAUUUCGGACCCAAUAGAAAUAUUCAAAACAGACCAGGUAUCAUAAAUGAAUACUACGAAUACGGAAGACCCAAUUAUCCAAACUUCAAUCCUAACGAAUAUUAUUAUAAAAAUAUAAGAUAUCCUAACAGAGAUUUUAACAAUGGAAGAAACAUAGUAUUCGAACCUACAAACAAUCCAUUCCAAAAUAAUUAUCCAAAUCAAGGCUUCAAUAUAAGACCUAAUGAAGAAUACUUAAAUGUACCUAAUUUUGGAAACAAUAACAGUGAUAAUUCAAUCCCUUCCACAGAUACAAACGGGCAAAAUAUUAAUUUCGGUAACAAUAAUAAUCUUAAUAUUCCAACCUAUGGUUCCGAACAAAAUAACGGAAUACCGACUAUUCCACCGCCUGGAAUCGAAGAGAAUAAUAUAACACCUGCACCUCAGUUUGGAUCUAAUAAUGGAAUACCAGAAGUCCCACCACCUGGUUUAGAUAACAGUGGAAUACCAACAGUCCCACCACCUGGUGUCGAAGAGAAUAACGGAUUACCAAGUACUCCACUUUUCGGAUCGGAAAGUAACAACAAUGGAAUCCCAGAAAUCCCACCACCUGGUUUAGAUAACAACGGAAUACCAACAGUCCCGCCACCUGUUGUCGAAGAUAAUAAUGUAACACCUUCACCUCAGUUUGUAUCUGGAAAUGGGAAUAACGAAAUUCCAGAUGUCCCACCACCAGGACUCGAAAACAGUAACGGGAUACCGUUUUCACCUCCAUCAGGAUUCAAUGAUAAAAACCUGGGAAAUUCCGAAUCUUCUGUAACUGAGACUUCUUUGACGACACUAGCGCCAUUAACUCCCGUGCCAAAUACGGGAUCAAGAAAUAACUUUAAUUUCGGAAGCGAAGGAUUAUUCUUGGAGACAUGCCAAACGCCCGAAGGCGGGGAGGGAAGCUGUGUCAACGUGUAUCAGUGUGAGCCAUACCUUAAAUUGCUCAAAGACGCCCAAAGAACCCCUUCAGCGACACAGCUUUUGAGGAAAGCGCUUUGCGGAUUCGAUGGCAACAACCCUAAGGUGUGCUGCCCCAGACCGGGUAUCCCGACCGCUCUUCCGACACAAGCGCCAGUUACCCAAGCAACGCCCCCUACUACAGAGCCCCCGCGACCUUCCGGCAAGUCCUUAACUGAUGAGGACUUCGUUGACGCGUUCCCGGAGCCCCCAGUGUGUGGCACCAGUAGCGCGCAGUUCAGUAAAGUUGUAGGCGGUGUUAACGCUAAGUUGGGUGACUUCCCCUGGAUGGCACUAUUGGGGUACCUGUACCGCGGCGGACCGAGUGUGGAUUGGAAGUGCGGAGGCUCGCUCAUCACUUCGCGGCAUGUGCUCACAGCCGCUCACUGCAUUCAUGGAUUAGACAGCUUGUAUCUAGUCCGUCUUGGUGAAUUGGAUUUAGAGAGAGAAGAUGACGGAGCUGUACCUAUAGAUGUCCUCAUAAAGAAAAAGAUCGAACAUGAAAACUACAGCAGAAACUCUCUGACUAACGACAUCGGAGUCUUAAUCCUACAACAGGAUAUUACCUUUACAAAAUUGAUCCACCCGAUCUGUAUCCCAUUAGCUCCAGAGCUGAGAUCUAAUUCCUACGUCAACUACAACCCCUUGAUCGCCGGCUGGGGAAGUGUCUCAUAUCGUGGUCCGAGCGCUAGUCACCUGCAGGCGCUGCAACUGCCAGUUGUGAGCAAUGAAUACUGCGCACGCGCGUACUCCGCCUACAAAGAGCAGACCAUAGACGAGCGCGUGCUCUGCGCCGGGUACGAGAGCGGCGGACGAGACUCCUGUCAGGGUGACAGCGGGGGACCGCUCAUGCAACCAAUUUGGAACUCGAAGAACUUCACAACAUCAAUGUAUCAGAUCGGAGUAGUGUCGUAUGGCAAACAAUGUGCGCAGGCGGGAUUCCCCGGAGUAUACACUCGUCUCACACACUUCAUACCCUGGGUACAGGAAAAAGUACUUGGGAAAAGCUCUUAACACCCUUAUUCCACUAAGAACUACCCACAUUAAGACCCUCUGCCACUAAGAAACUAAGCAAUUAUUACUUAGUAAAUCGCGACUGCGCCAGUGAAAGUGAUCGCAACCAGUCGUGCUAGUGGAAACGAGGUUUAACGGUUGUGAAUUGUGAUAAGACUUUAAUUUAUAAA